GUGAGAAUUUGGCAGAUGCAGCAAUCUUCGAAGUAUACGAAGAGACAAGCGUUAUGUCAGAAUUUGACUCUAUAGUGACGUUUCGACAGGCGCACAACAGAAUGUUCGGCUGUUCUGACAUUUACGUCAUCAUCAGCCUAAAUGCUGUCACUGAAGAUAUCCACAAGUGUGAUCGAGAAAUUGAAAACGCACAAUGGAUGGACAUCGACGAAUUUAUGAACCACACGGAGUUCCGAUGUUUAGAUGUUGACAGUGACCUUUUGGAAGUAUUAGCUGUAGAUCUUGUGGCAGCUGCGUUCAAGUCUGGGAGGCUUGCAUACGUCUUUAGAGUCUCCACUGCAUUCUUCACUAGGAGAGAGUUGAUUCCUCUAGAAGGACUUGUGCGCCUGCGCAUCAGCUGUUUCAAUCCGACAAAUUUGGAAAGAUUUUCAGAAACAUUCAGUUUUGGAGAUCCUUUGACCGUUUUGGGAGAUUGUUGCAAUCUUUUUAAUUUUGCCGAGGCUGGUGAGCCGAUCAGUAAUGAUUUGUUCCUUAUGAAGUGA